AUGGCUGAGGUCGGAGCGUCAGUGGCGGCAAAACUUGCUGAAUAUUUGGUGCAUCCAACUUUACAACAGCUGCAGUAUAUAUUCUAUGUUAGCAAAAUCACCGGAAACGUUGACAUCAAAAAAAGGAAGCUAAUACUAAAGCAUGGAAAGGUGCAAGAAUGUGCUCAAGAGGCCAUCAAUAGGACUGAGAGGAAUGAUGGUGAGGUUAACAAGUGGAAGAAUGACGUGAAUAGCCUUAUAGCAGGGGUGGAGAAACUGGCGGAAGAACUAAGGGCCAACAGUGGUUGCCUUCAAGGGUGGUGUCUUACUUGGAGGAGACAUUGUCUCUGCAAAAUGUUGGCUAAGACGACUCAGAGGAUGAUUGAUCUAGAUAUAAAGAGUGAUCACUUCAAUCCAUUUUCCCAUCCUGUUACUAUUUCUAAUAUUGACUAUCACUCUUCUCAAAAUUUUAAGCUCUUCAAUUCUACGCAAAAGGCUUUUGAUCCAUUGUGGGAGGCAUUGCAAGAUGAUGGUAACUCCAUGAUUGGAUUAUGGGGGAUGGGAGGGUCAGGGAAAACCACCUUGGUGAAAGAAGUGGGAAACAAAGCCAAAAAGUCACAGCUAUUUGAUCGAGUUGUGCUCACGGCAGUUUCUCAAAGCCUAGACAUAAGAAAAAUUCAAGGUGAGAUUGCUGACACGCUGGGGCUUGAAUUGAAGGAAGAAACUGAAAUGGGCAGGGCGAAAAGAAUAGCUCUACGAUUACAAAGUGGAGAACGAAUUUUGAUAAUACUAGAUGAUAUAUGGGCUAUGCUGAAUCUUGAGGACAUAGGGAUUCCCAUUGAAAGAAAUCAUCAAAGAAGUUGCACAGUUAUCCUGACCACGCGUCGCCUAGAUGUGUGUACCUUGAUGGAAUGCCAAAAAAAGAUUCAACUUCAUUUGUUAAAAGAAGAUGAAGCAUGGACUUUGUUUCAAACUCAUGCUAAUGUUGAUGAAGCUGCUAAGGAAUGUGUGGCACGAGCAAUUUCUAGGGAAUUUAAAGGCCUACCUAUUGCAAUUGUAGCUAUAGGAAGUUGCUUGAAAGGAAAAGGAGUUGAUGAGAUGAAUAUAGUGUUGUGUAGGUUGAGAAAUGCAAAGCCAAACAAUAUAGAUAAAGGUGUGAGGGAUGCUUUUGCUUGUCUUGAAUUAAGCUAUGAUUUUUUGGCAACUCUAGAAGCCCAGCGGUUAUUGCUAAUAUGUGCUAUGUUUCCUGAAGACCAUGACAUUGUUGUUGAAGACCUUUUUAGAUAUGGAGUGGGAUUAGGCCUAUGCAAAGAUGUAGACUCAUUUCAAACAGUGAGGAGCCAAGUCAAAGCAGCUAUAAAUUAUCUCAUUGACUCCUCAUUGUUGAUGCAUUCUUCUCUAAAGUUCAACGUGGAUGCACCAACACAUGUGAAAUUACAUGAUAUGGUUCGUGAUGUUGCAUUGUGA